AAACAACUCUUUUAACGUCGCAGCUUACAUACUCAGACUUCAGACUUCUCAACAGCUCAUCCCACUUCUUUUUCUCUUCCUCUUCGUCUCUCAGAUCCAUCAAUCAAUCCACAUCCCACUCUAAUUAGGCCCAAUUGCCUUCAUCUAGAGCCCGACGACCCGCCCGACGGCCCGAAAGAGACCAACCAGUGUCUGCUCUAAGCUCUAACACCACCAUAAAAAACACAAGGACAAUUGCGCCAUCCCACGUUACUUAGUAGCUACUUAGCUUACAUUUCGUUGCCUUGUAUGCCCACUGCUACGCCAAAGUUCUUCUUCUCUAGAUCCUUUAUUCUUUUCUUAUUGACCCUCAUCCUGGCUAUCCUUAUUUCGCCAGCCUUCAUCCCCCGUCUCCGCCAACUCUCUUCCCAUCUUAUCCUUCUCCAACGACCGCUCACAACCAUGGCUUCUCCAUCCUACGCCUCAGAGCUUCAGAUCGCCCAAUUGGCCGUUCAGCGUGCUACGAUCCUUACCAAGCGCGUCUUCCACGAAAAGGCAAAGGGAACCGUUGACAAAAAUGACAAGAGCCCUGUCACCAUUGGCGACUUUGGCGCCCAGGCCCUCAUCAUCGCCGCUCUCCGCCACAACUUCCCCGACGACGCUAUCGUCGCCGAGGAGGAGGCUGCGCAGCUCCGUGACGAUGCGAACCUGAAGCAGACUAUCUGGGAGCUCGUCAGCUCUACAAAGCUCGACAAUGAAGAUGCUGAGAAGCAACUCGGUGGUCCUAUUAAGGAUGUCGACGAUAUGUUGGAAUUGAUCGACAGAGGUGGCAGCCAGGGUGGUUCCAGCGGUCGUAUCUGGGCAAUUGAUCCCAUUGACGGAACAAAGGGCUUCCUCCGUGGUGGACAAUACGCUGUCUGCCUUGGUCUCAUGGUCGAUGGCGACGUCAAGGUCGGUGUCCUUGGCUGCCCUAACCUUCCAGUUGACGAUUCAGCCCGUCUGACCUCCGACAUUGGCUCUAAUGCCACCGAUGAGGGUCGUGGUGUUGUUUUCUCUGCUGUGCAGGGCCGUGGCGCGAACAGCCGGCCUCUUACUUCUGGCGCUCUUGCUGCUGAGAAGCCUAUCUCCAUGCGAAGCAUUGAUGACCUCUCCAAGGCUACCUUCUGCGAGAGCGUUGAGGCAGGCCACUCAGCGCAUGAUGACCAAGCUCUUAUCUCGAAGAAGCUUGGUAUCACCCAGGAAAGUGUCCGCAUGGACAGCCAGGCUAAGUAUGGCUCUAUUGCCCGCGGUGCUGGCGACAUCUACCUCCGUCUGCCUGUCAAGGCCACAUAUCAGGAGAAGAUCUGGGAUCACGCUGCCGGUGAUCUCAUUGUUCGUGAGGCUGGUGGCCAAGUGACUGACAUUCACGGAAAGCGUCUCGACUUCAGCGUAGGACGCACUCUGGCCAACAACAAGGGCGUCAUUGCUGCUCCUGCUGCUGUUCACGGCAAGGUUCUCGAAGCUGUUCAGGAGGUUCUGAGCGCCAAACAGUCGUAAGGAAAAAUAAAUAGGAAAACAAACGGACAUGACUUGAAUGAAAGCGAGA